CUCUCUCUCUCUUCCUGUGUGGUGGCUUUUUUCCUUUUUUUUUUUUUAAUCAGGCGCUCUGAAUGAAAGCCAGUCAGAGAGGAGAGGGAGAGAGCGAGAGCGAAUGCUUCCCCCCCCCUCGCCCCUCCUUUCCCUGCUGUCCAGAGUUAAGUGAUGCUCGGAGAAUAAGCCUGAAUUAAAUUCAAGUAGGAUCAGUCUUGCGGGGGGAAGAGAGAAAUAGGAGAAAACCACUAAAACAAAGAGGAAGGAAGCUAUUGCAAUUAUCCCACGGCUUUGCAUAGGUUGUUGAACGCUACUUCAUUCGCGGCAGAAAGGACUCAGUGCUGAAGACAGAGAGGGUUAAUUUGAAAAUGAUUUUGGAUAUGCCCAGACGAGAGAUGAGCUGGUAUAAACAGCUUGGCUUCACGUUCCACUGAAGAAUAUCUAGAGCUCAGUUGAAGGCAAAGUGUCCAACUUGCAGCCAAAGGCACUUGAGAAGACAGUCAGCAGAGGAGAACCAUGAUAAUACAACAAGGUUUGCUGGUGGUACUACUCUGGGUGUGCCUGCUCCACCCCUGCUUAACAGCAAUGGUAUUCAGCAGGACUACGGACCAGCAGCCCAAAAGUUUUGCUGCACGUGGAAUAGGGAAUGAAGGAAAAGCUCUGCACCGCCAGAAGCGAGGCUGGAUGUGGAACCAGUUCUUCUUGCUGGAGGAAUAUACUGGCUCAGAUAACCAAUAUGUAGGCAAGCUUCACUCUGACCAGGACAAAGGAGAUGGGUCCCUCAAGUACAUUUUGUCAGGAGACGGAGCUGGCACUCUUUUUGUUAUUGAUGAGCGAACAGGUGACAUUCAUGCCACACGAAGAAUUGACAGGGAAGAGAAAGCUUACUACACCCUACGUGCCCAGGCUAUUAACAGGAGAACACUCAGGCCGGUGGAGCCUGAAUCAGAGUUUGUCAUCAAAAUCCAUGACAUCAAUGACAAUGAACCAACAUUUCCUGAAGAAGUUUACACCGCAAGUGUUCCUGAAAUGUCAGUUGUUGGUACUUCUGUUGUGCAAGUUACAGCCACUGAUGCGGAUGACCCUUCCUAUGGCAACAGUGCCAGAAUCAUCUAUAGCAUACUUCAAGGCCAACCAUAUUUCUCCGUGGAGCCAGAAACAGGCAUCAUCAGGACAGCUCUACCAAACAUGAACAGGGAAAACCGAGAGCAGUACCAAGUUGUCAUUCAGGCAAAAGACAUGGGAGGCCAGAUGGGUGGAUUAUCGGGGACCACGACAGUCAACAUCACCCUGACUGAUGUCAACGACAAUCCGCCUCGAUUCCCCCAGAGCUCAGUCCACCUUCGUAUCCCAGAAUCCUCCCCGGUUGGCACUGCCAUUGGAACCAUAAAAGCCUCUGAUGCAGACAUUGGGAGGAACGCAGAACUUGAAUACCGCAUUAUUGAUGGUGAUGGAAGGGAUAUGUUUGACAUUGUUACACAGAAGGAGACACAGGAAGGAGUUAUAACAGUGCGAAAGCCACUGGACUAUGAGAAUCGAAGGCUAUAUACUUUGAAAGUAGAGGCAGAGAAUCUAUAUGUUGACCCACGAUUUUAUUACCUCGGACCUUUCAAAGAUACAACCACUGUGAAAAUAUCAGUGGAAGAUGUGGACGAGCCUCCCAUUUUCAGCAGAUCCUCUUACCUUUUUGAGAUCCAUGAAGAUAUUGAGGUGGGCACAAUCAUAGGCACUGUGAUGGCCCGAGAUCCAGAUUCUGCUGCAGGUCCUAUCAGGUUUUCUUUGGAUCGCCACACUGACCUUGACCGAAUCUUCAACAUACAUUCUGGAAAUGGAUCUAUUUAUACUUCCAAGAUGCUUGACCGAGAAAUAUCACAGUGGCACAAUCUUAGUGUGAUAGCAGCUGAAAUCAAUAACCCCAAAGAGAUGACUCGCGUUUCUGUUUACGUUCGGAUAUUGGAUGUGAACGACAACGCACCACAGUUUGCUGUGUUCUAUGAUACUUUUGUGUGUGAAAAUGCGAGAGCGGGCCAACUAAUACAAACCAUAAGUGCAGUUGACAAAGAUGAUCCACUCGGAGGACAAAAGUUUUUCUUCAGUUUAGCUGCUGUUAAUCCAAAUUUCACAGUCCAGGACAAUGAAGAUAACACUGCCCGGAUUUUGACGAGGAGGAAUGGCUUUAGCCGGCACGAAAUCAGUACUUACCUUCUGCCAGUGGUGAUAUCCGACAAUGACUACCCCAUCCAAAGCAGCACUGGCACACUGACUAUUCGGGUGUGUGCCUGCGACAGCCGGGGAAACAUGCAGUCUUGCAAUGCUGAAGCUUUGCUCCUUCCAGCAGGUCUUAGCACAGGAGCGCUCAUUGCCAUUCUGCUCUGCAUCAUUAUUCUCCUGGUUAUAGUGGUGUUGUUUGCGGCUCUAAAGAGGCAGCGAAAGAAAGAGCCUCUGAUCUUGUCUAAGGAAGAUAUCAGAGACAACAUUGUGAGUUAUAAUGAUGAAGGUGGUGGAGAAGAAGACACACAGGCUUUUGAUAUUGGCACACUGAGGAAUCCUGCGGCUAUCGAAGAUAAGAAGCUACGCCGAGAUAUCAUCCCGGAAACAUUAUUUAUACCACGGAGGACUCCUUCUGCCCCAGAUAACACGGAUGUCCGGGAUUUCAUUAACCAAAGGUUGAAAGAGCAUGAUAAUGACCCCUCUGCGCCACCGUACGAUUCCCUGGCAACUUACGCCUAUGAAGGAAAUGAUUCUAUAGCUGAAUCCUUGAGUUCUUUAGAGUCUGGCACUACUGAGGGAGACCAAAACUAUGAUUACCUCAAGGAAUGGGGGCCUCGGUUUAAUAAGCUUGCUGAGAUGUAUGGUGGAGGCGAAAGCGAUAAAGACACUUCCUAACCGACCGUAGGAUAUACAGUUUUUGUUCAUUUGAGAGGAAGUAACUUUACAGACACCUUCUCCACGUGACAAUAUUUGAUGUUCAGGAACGUUUUCCUGCCACUCAGCACAAUGGGUUUUUUUCCUUUCCUUUCUUUCUCGUUUCGUUUCGAAUUUGCUCAUUAAUGUCCUUUAUUCUUUCUCGUAGAAUGUCACAUGGAAUAUAUACAGCAUUUUAUUUAACCCCUUUCCAAAAGCCAAAGCUAUUGAAAUUCAGUGUGGUCCAAUUUAUGAAAUAAAGGAUACACUACCUUUGUGCAGGUUUAUAAUCUCCCAAGCAACCAUAGAUUUGAGUUGCUUUCGUUAAAUACAUGUUCUACACUUGCAAAUACAGCUUUUUUAAAAGACCCAGACUGUGAUCCACAGAGGGUCAUGAAUGCACGUUCCACAUGCACUCCUAUGUUUUUCCUUAGAAUUUUAUUUCUUUUUCAGGAACUGCCCACACAAGACCCCUGGAGAGCUUUCCAAAAUCUUGCAUAGAGAGCAUUCUCCCCAGAAUCGACAUGCCUAGAAAACAAGGGGCUUCUUUUUCUGUUACAAAAAAAUUAAUCUUCUGAAUAACAGCCCAGUGUGCAAAACCCAUCAGAUUUUCCAAUAAAUUCUUUGAAUUUUGCUAUAGGUGAAAUUUCAGUGGCACUUCUAGUUUGUGGGUUCUGUUUGUGCAAUUUCUGAAAAAGGAAGUGAAAAACAAUUAAAAUGAAUGCACAGAACCUCUGUGCACUUCUUUUUAGAGAUUGUGGCCCUGGAAGAAGAAGAAAACAUAUGUCCCUAUUCUGUACAUUACAAAUUUCCCUGAAAAUAUACACGUGGUGUUAAUGUGAUAUGCAGCUGGUUUAAAAAAAAAAAAAACUUUGUGCAACUUCAUUUCAUCAGAUUCUAUCUGCCAAUGUUUUAUAUUUAUAUUUUUGUAUUUAUUUUUAAGAAAUAAACCAGUUUUAUAACGAUA